AUGUAUUGCAUCUCCCGAAUUGAGGAGAAACCAGUGGAGCAGGAAACAUCUGAUCAUUUGCCAUUUGAAGCCUUCCGUAGGAAACCAGUACAAAUGUUUUUAGUUGGAGUUGCACAGCAAACUAAUUCUGGCUUCAGAAUUACCAGAAAGCUACAUAUUCACUCAUGUUUUUUUUUUUUUCCUCCUCUGCAGAGGUCAAGAAUCCAGGUCUGGCUGUAUGAACAAGUGAACAUGAGGAUAGAAGGCUGCAUUAUUGGAUUUGAUGAAUACAUGAACUUGGUUUUGGAUGAUGCUGAAGAAAUCCACAUGAAAUCAAAAGCAAGAAAGCCCCUGGGUCGUAUUAUGCUGAAGGGUGACAACAUCACGUUACUACAGAGUGUUUCAGGAUAGAACUUAACCCAGAUGACAUUUGGUCAUUUUAUAUACAUGUUUCUUUGAUUGUAAUUUGUUUAGAAUUUUUAUAAAUGUUUUGUGAAAUGCCUUACAGAAACUUCCUGUUCUCCAAGUUGAGUUGACCAAGGUUUUCUACAGUAUAGAAACUUCCGAAGAGUACUGUACUAUACGUUCCCUUCUCCAAGCUGAAAUCUACUAUUUCAUUUUGUAUUUAAGUGGUUCACUUUCUAACUGUAGCAUGUGUUGGGUUUGACGCAGAAUAAAUGUGAAGCUUUCUGUAACUACA